AUGGAAAACAGUACUUAUCCCCCCUAUUUUAACCUCACCAUGUUUGUUAACAUAGGCAUCUACCGGUACCCAACAUUUGUCUUGUGUCUCCUGUUGUAUGCUGUCAUUAUCUCUGCUAAUCUUGUCAUUCUUGUGGUAAUAUCACGAGAAAAAGUCUUACAUGAACCCAUGUAUAUUUUUAUUAUGUGUCUUUCUAUUAACUCGCUGUACGGUUCUGCUGGUUUCUUUUUCAGAUUUUUAAGAGACCUUCUGUCUGAUACUCAUUUGAUCCCACGAUCAGCUUGUUUAAUUCAGAUCUAUGUCAUUUACACCUAUGCAUCCUAUGAGCUAACCCUUUUAGCAGUCAUGGCUUAUGACCGGUAUGUUGCUGUGUGUCAACCUUUACACUAUCACAGCAAAAUGACCUCAAAGAUGAUCUCUAAGUUGAUUGCGUUUGCAUUCAUUUAUCCAGUCUUUUCUAUUGCAGCUUGUGUAUAUUUGGCCGCAAGACUUCCAUUGUGUGGCAAUAAGAUACCUAAGGUAUUCUGUGCCAAUUGGCCUGUUGUAAAAUUGUCUUGUGUGAGUACUUUGUUUAACAAUCUUGUUGGCAUGUUUGUGUCCACCAGCACUGUGUUUCUGCCCCUGGCUUUUGUGCUGUACACGUACGCACGCAUUUUUCUCACUUGUAGGAAACGCUCUACAGAGUUCAAGAGCAAAGUCAUACAAAGCUGUCUGCCACACAUUGUUACAUUUGUGAAUUAUUCCAUUACUGUGUUUUGUGAUGUUGCUCUCAGCAGGACUAAUCUGGAUGAAGUGAAUCCAUUUUUAGUAGUACUUUUAUCACUUGAGUUUGUUGUGAUUCCUCCCAUUUUGAAUCCUCUUGUAUAUGGACUAAAGUUACCAGAAAUAAGAAAAUGUUUGUCACAGAUGUUUUCAUGCUCUAAACCUGCCUAA